ACUUCAGCCAUUCGGAUCCAAAUUGUCAGUCGUUCCAUGGCUGCGCGCGAAUGCCGUAAAAUCGUAGGUAAAAUGUAGGAAAUGUUUUACGGUUUACGCGGUGUUUAAAACUGCCAGCGGGCACAAUAACUCUGACAUGGCAAGACGUUUCCAGUUUUACCGUUGGCGGCCUAGCGCUUGACAGAGCUGAUGGAAAUGAAUUUACUCGGUGGAGAGCUAGAAAUUGCGAAGCUGUGGCACAGUUUGUGUGUGCAGCUGACUGGACUUCCUGAAGAUUCGGUCCACAGUUUCUACGAGGGUACACUAGCGGCUCUUGGAUGCGCAUUUGAAAGCUUCCAAGAGGAAGAUGAGACGAAAGUGGCAGAGCAGAUCGUCCAGUCUUUUAUAAGAAAACACAAGGAGAAAGAAGCAGUCCGGUUCUCUGACCUGUACCGAAGGCUUCGAUCUCCGGCACUAGAUGGAGUGCUGUCCAGACGACUAUCUCUGCUCAAGCUUCUCCUUACCCUGCAGGAUGUUGGGGAACACCAAGGGACAACACGACCAACCUUGGGAACUUACCAUCUGAGACCUGUCCAGUCCCAGCCUACACCACGCCCCGAGUUCUGGCCUCCUGACGUGGGUCGUGCAGCAGCUGAGGUGACCCAGGAGCUUUCAGCAUCAGCAGGCCGCACCCAAGAGGCCGCGCUUCUGCCAGCGAACUCUCCUUCGUGCAUAGUGUUCGCCGCCAGCGUUCCCGUGAUUGGAACGACCAGUCAUGUUGGGCAGAAGGUUCUGCGGGAUGUGCUGUUCUGUCUGCAGGGUGUCUCCAGCAGCUUGGUGCAGUUUCAUGACUUGCCACUGGGUAGUUUCACUGUUGACCCUGAGUGUCAGCUCUCUGGUCCAAAGCGGCAGAUCGUGCGGAAUCUGGCUGUGCUCGGGCGGCUGCGCAUCCUGGUGGAUGGCUUCUGCCGACCAGAGACGAUGCGACGUGGGCUUCUGUGUGAGGCCUUUGUGGGAGCCUUGCAGGCUGAGAUGGCGGAAUACUACCGGAUACUCGCACUGCUCGACGCUCAGCUGAACCCCUCUGAAGGAAACACCGGCGCUUUGACAUUGCCUCGAGUGGUAAUAUGGAUGAGCAAGUCCAUGACCAGAUAUCGUUUCCUGGGUGACCUCGUGCAAUUGUGUGCAGAGCUCAAGGGUGGCGAAUUAGCCAGCCGACUCCACGGAUGUCUAGCCAAUGGGGAUCCUGAAGUUAGCGCUCUUGCACGCAGACUCCUUAUUGCGGUGCUUCAACCAUGGUACAACAUGCUUUGCCGAUGGAUCCAGACUGGGCAACUUGAAGAUGUCCAUCAUGAGUUCUUCAUUGCCAUGAACUCGAACAUUUCUGUGGAAAGCCUUUGGCACGACAAGUACUACCUGCGCAAAAGUAUGAUGCCGUCAUUCCUCUCUGAAGAACAGGCCCGGAAGAUUCUUUGCACAGGCAAGGCCGUCAAUUUUUUGCAUCAUGUUUGCCAAAAUUUGCCGCAGCAAGCAGACCUGCCUCCACCUCAUGCAGUGGAGUGUCUGUUGGACGGGCAACAAGAGGACUCCUUUCUAGAAUUCCUGGAACAGGCAUACCACACACGCAACUGUCGUGUCCUCUCUGUGUUCAACACUGAGUUCAAGUUCAAGGAGCACCUGCAGGCCUUGCGACAAUUUCUUCUGUUGGGUCAAGGAGACUUUGUCCGCCACCUGAUGGAUGUAUUAGAUGAGCAGCUUAGCCAGCCUGCGCAGCUAUUGCGUGACCACUCCCUGAAGGCAGCCUUGGACGAGGCGGUGCGCACCACCAAUGCACAGUUUGUGGACCCUGAAAUGCUGAAGCGGCUUGAAAUACAACUCCUCGAUAUAAACCCAGGUGACACUGGCUGGGAUGUGUUCAGCCUUUUCUACCGCGUCGAUGGACCCAUCGGCAUGGUAUUCACGCCAUACUGCAUGUCAGUGUACCUGCGUCUCUUCAACCACAUGUGGAGGACCAAGCACAUGGAGUAUGUAGCCACGGCAGCUUGGAUGCAACAGACCAUCGACCUGAAGGUCAAGAACCGCCAACAUGCUACUGAGAGCCGAUGUAUGCUUCACCAGUGCCACAUUCUGCUCUCGGAGAUGAUUCACUUCAUGCAGCAGGUCCAGUACUACAUGGUUUUUGAGGUGAUAGAGUGUGCAUGGGCCGAGCUGGAAUCGCGUGUGGAGCAGGCACAGGACUUGGACCAAGUCAUCCACGCUCAUGACGACUUCUUAGCGGCCCUGAUGACCAGGGCACUGCUUGAGCCAGAGUCACGGGAUAUUCUUUCCCAACUUCGUUCCAUCUUCGACCAAGUGCUUCGCUUCAAAGAAGUGCAGGGGGAGCUGCUUUCCCAGCUGACCAGUGGCACCAGCAGCCUGCGGGCCCAGGCUUCUCUCCGAAUGAUCUCCGACUCCUACCAGCGUCUAGUGCAGGACUUUCUGCUGAGCCUGUCCCGGCAUGACGACACCAACCUUCAAGGACUAGGCUUCCGACUGGACUUCUCGGAGUUUUACAACAGACAGAAUGUACAGCUUCGGACCUCAAUGACUUUCCACAGCCGUCGGCAGUACCAAGGAGUUUGCCAAAGGAGGAUGUCGGAGUUUAGGAUUAAAGGUCCAGUGUCCAGGUUUAGGAGAUGCAACUGCUGCCUACCUGCCAUGCAAUGUUACCACCAGCUGCCAGCACACAGUUAAGGCAUAAGUUCCAUUUUAAACGCCCUUAACCUUUUCAAGUAAUGCCUUCUGAAGAGUAAGCACACAAGAACAUGCCCACUUUGACCUUCAUUUGGAGCUGAAGGUACUGUGAGCAAGAGAUUGCAAUGUUUUGAUGUAGGUGUACACAGUGAACUUUUAUAGCAUGGGUUUAUGUGAAAAAACAUUGACGAUCAGCCGAGCUUUUGUGCUUCUUACAGCGGAGUGAUUGCCUUCUUAGUCUUAAUGUUUAUAAUUGUGCAACAGUCCUAAAUAAAGACCGUAUAAAGCCAACAGGCAAUGGAGCCGAGAAAAGCAUAGGGGUAAUUAGCUGUGGUAGAAAUUUAAAUAUAGAAAAUAAUGAAGAAAAGAGAAAUGAAAAUGAAUGAAAAAGAUAACUUGUUGCCGAUGAGGACUGAGCUCACAACCUUCACAUUACAUAUUACUGGCAACAAGUUAUCUUUCUUGUCCACUUUCAUUUCUCUUUUCUUUAUUAUUUUCUACAUGUAAUUUCUGUCACAGCUAAUUACCCCUAUGCUUUCCUGGGCUUCACUGCCUGUUGACUUUAUACAGUCAUGGUUUAAAAAAAUCUGAGCCCCUCUGUUUCCCUUCUUUGCAUACAGUCCUAAAUAAAAUAAUACCUGUUGCAUA